AUGUUCCAGGAUGAAACAUUCCCGGAGCUGCAGGCGGCGACGGGUGAGAGCGCGGACGGUGAGUCCGCCGCGGACCCGCGCCCCGGAGACGAGGCGGAGGACCGCGGGGGCGCCGCCUUCCCCAAGGCAUUCGAUAGGGAACUCGUCACGCCUACUGCUCUGCAGCAACAGUCGACUGAGGACAGGCGAAAAUCAUUACUGGACCAACACUGGGCCAUUCCGAGCAAAGACAGGAUGUCCAUCGAUCAAGGAAGUGAGAUAUCAUCUACGGCGGACGCUGGUAAAGAAGAGAGCACGGGUCCCGAGCCGGAGGCGGGCGACAGUAUCGCGGCCGCGGAUGGAUCCGAGGCCGGGGACGCGCCCGAACAGGACGCCCAGCAUCUCGUCAAGCUGUCCUACCACGACUCCGGCAUCGACAUCCGAGACCCAUUGCUGCAUGUUACACCUGCUAAUUCUAAGAAAGGUUCCCUCAUAGAUUGCGAUGAUUAUUAUCAUGAGAUAGAUACCAUAUACGAGUCGAAGGAACUGGAGAUCGAUAGGGACUGGCACCGGGACGCUGCGCAUGCGUUGCAGUGUUUCAUAGUACUACAUAAGAACGCAGACGCUCGCUCUGAUUCAGUGUACUCAUCGUGCGAUGAGGUGUACAGCGACGCGGACAUCGUGCUGUCAGCGGAGUGGGUGCCGCCGGUGUGCCUGGCGCGCGGCGAGCCGCCGCUGUCGGCGCCGCCACACAGCGACGCCGAGCGCGCGCGCAAGACGCAGGCCGUCUCCUUCUCGCUCGACAACGCCGCCGGCAAGGACGAUGCUAAACCUGAUAAGAAGAAUAAGAUGCUGAAGCGUCUCUCGUACCCUCUCUCGUGGGUGGAAGGUCUGACGGGCGAGGGCGGUGCGCAGGGCUCACAGAGCGACUCCCUGCCCACGUCCGCCGACAGCCACAACUCUACCAGCGUCUUCUCUAAAGUAUUCAACAGACGCAGUUCCCUGGGCGGGUUCGGUCGCUCGCAUACGAAGUCUACCAGCAGUGCCGGCAGCGCGCCGCCACCACGUCUCGACUACCGCAGCAUGGUCUCUGUCGAUGACAUGCCUGAUCUGUUCGCAUCAUUUGAUAAGCUAAUUCCCCGGCCGGCACGACCAAGUGACGACCCGCCUCUAUACCUGCGCCUACGCAUGGGCAAGCCCAUCGGCCGUCCACUCCCGCGCACCACCCCACUGAUGUCUUACGGACGCAAGCGCAUGAAGCCCGAGUACUGGUUCGGAGUACCCAGGAACAGGCAAGUGGUGGAUGACCUAUUCAAGUUCCUAACCCACUGGGUGCCGGACCGAUACGGUCCUCUCGGUGACGUCAGCGCUCAGGGCUACGAGCUCAUUGACAGCGACACCGAAUGGGAUGACGAUGAGGCUAAACCUGGACAUAAAGACGAGCGGACUGGCAGCACGGGCGACGUGUCGGACCUGACGCGCGAGUCCUGGGAGCUGCUGAAGGCGCCCUACGUGAAAAUAUAUUCGAUAAUGAAGAGCCAGGCAGAGGCGCUGGGCGACUCGCUCGGCGAGGAGCCGCGCCAGGAGGUACCGACAUCAAACAUUGGAUGA